CGUAAACUUUUCUAAUAAUUAAAUGGCGUCCUUUGUUUUCCCCGAAGCCUAAUGAGCGUGUUUCGACCGAUAGACUCUUGAAGCAGCACGAUUUCGGCGCCCGCCACACCAACAAAAUCGUCCUUCGGCUUGUUGUCGACAAUCGGGCCGAUUUAUCGAGCAAUAGGCGGCUUCUUUAUUUGAGGAGAUAUGCCAACGGCAUGGAAACGGAAAGCGUAGUUUCUCACGCAACAGAGCGGUCGAGCAAGUCCAGGAGUCGAAGCUCGUCAUCUAAACUGAACAACAGCUCCUCGAAGCACAGCAUGGGUCGCUCAAAUCGAUCGCACCAUCGUCAGGGCAGGCAGGGCGACCGCUCUGCAGACAUCUACCAGUCCACUGUGACUUUAGAGGAGACCAGAGAGGGACAAGAAAUAAUCGAAGUUCAAAUUUUACCUCAGGAUGAAAACUGGGGGGAAACGCAAACACACAUCACCUCUGAGCAGUCGGUCAGCGUGGAAGACUUGUCCAUGCCUGGUUUCAGUGGUCGAGGUGCUUUGGAAUCGUGGGACGGAGGUGACAGCGGCUCGGCCUUCCAUGUUUGUCAAAAGUACAUCAGCGUUUUGGCCACCGUGGCUCUUUCGUUGGCGGCCGUUCUAAGUCCAUUGGCAAUGACCAUUUUGCCAAAAAUCGGCGUCUUUGGAGAAACAACCACAACCUCUAGCAGCAAGUUACAAGUUUGCAAAGCGGACUGCAAAGGCCAAAUUCUGUCGGUGUCACUCAAGACGGCAAUACUGGCCGUGGCCAUCAUUGUGCUUCUGCUCCGUCGCCACCGUGCCACCAUGCCUCGGAUUUUUGCACUGAAAGCCUUCCUGAUGGCCCUGCUGCUAGUGGUGCUGGUCAGUUUCUGGAUUUUCUACAUGGCGUCCCUCACCCCUGGCAAGACAGAAUAUGCUGCCCUCGUGUCUUUUGCAAACUCGCUCGCAGACACUCUAAAUUUUGUGCUCUGGUUGGCCGUUGUUUUGUUGGAGAUAAGACAUCUGCAGCCAAUUUAUUGCAUCAAGGUGGUCAGAUCUCCAGAUGGCGAAGCUCGUUGCUAUCCUCUAGGGCAGCUGAGCAUCCAGAGAGCAGCAUUGUGGGUUCUCGAUCAGUAUUACUCAGGUUUCCCAAUUUAUAAUCCAUACCUGGAAACUAUGCCUCUCUCAAAGAAGAACAAUGCCACCCAAAGUCAUCAAAGUAAACCCAGGAGCCAGCACAACUCUGUCUCAGAGUACAAAUACUAUGAUGUGGACAACUCUACCACAAAUUCAAUUCUGUCGCCAGGGUCCAGAGCUAGUGGGAGGCAUCGCAGAGAUUCUAGUCAUAAUGAGAGGUUCUACGAGCAAACUGAAUACGACCGGCGUGUGAAGAAGCGCAGAGCCCGACUCGAGGUUGCCACUGAAGAGGCCUUCACUCACAUAAGACGCCUUCAACCAGGGGCAGCAGCUAACCAGCCUUUGGACAGUGAAGAGGCAGCACAAGCGAUUUUUCCAUCCCUGGCUAGAGCACUUCAAAAGUAUCUGAGGGUCACAAGACAGCAGCCGCAGCACUCGGUCGAGUCGAUUUUGAACCACCUUUCAGCCUGCUUGAGCCACGAUCUCAGCCCUAAAGCCUUUCUUGAGCCUUUCUUCACAGCAACUCCCCUCUUACAUUUUGAAAGAGACCCUAGGAGUAUCCAAGGGUGGGCCCUGAUUUGUCCCGAGCUGCUCAGCAGAGACAUCCGUCAUGGCAUCAGGUUUUUGCUGCGCCAAGGAGACGUAACCCUGAGCUGCCUGGUGACCCAAUUGCCCCAGUACAACCUGGUUGAGCAGCUCAUCCCAAGUGCUUCAAACCGCUUUGCCCUCCGUCUGAACUCAGAGACAAGCGUCUGAGAAAAAAUUUUGUGGACUUUUAUUUACAAACAGUAAGUUUUGUUCAGCACCGUAAUUACCGCAGGCCAUCAAAUACUUAAUUUCUCUACCGUACUGUGAUGGUUAGUAAUUUAGUUCAACAGGAUUUGCCAAAUGAUUUUUUUUUAUCUCUAUUUUGAAGAAUUUACUGUCUGGUUUGUUGGAACUUUCAAAGUUUGAGCCAACUUUGCUCUCUUAGCAAUUAUCGAGUGUGAUAUGAACUGAAAUUUACUCAUGUCUUUUUGCAUGAAACUUGAAUAAUACUCUUCUCAAAAACACAUCAGAUUUUAUUUUAUUAGUUGCUCAAUUUUUAGUUUCUUCUGAAAUUCUAUGUUCAAAUUACGUGUAAAAUAAUCUUUGACAAACUUUAGUGUUUUUCACCGACUUAACUCUUUUGUAAUUUAUGUACAAAGAUUGAGAAUCUCUGAAGCAGGCUUCGCCUAUUUAUUGACGACAGAUUUAUCACAAAAUUCUAAAUCAAGCAUUUUGACGACUGCAUUUUGUAAAGUUUUUACUUUUGUACCGAAAGCCCAAACAAUAAUUUUGUGCUGUAACAGCUCAAACAUAUUCUACAUUCUAGACCGUCAGGGAAAUCUAGAUUUUACACUGUAAAGAAGGCGAUCUCUCAAGUAUUGUAAAAAUGUCGAUUAUCACUCGUGAAUAAGCAUUUUCGUGUUGCGUUCUAGUGUUCAAUGAGUAAUGUUUGAACAGAAAUUUACAAGAUCGAAACUAUAUAGGUGUAUCGAUGUAAGAAUAAUAACUAAAUUAUAUGAUUGUGCCUUUGUAUAGUGUGGUGUAAGCUAUUUAAAUACAAUAAAUUUAUUACAGCUAAGUAUAAUCAUACCAAAUAUCAUAAGAA